AUGGCAGGACUCCAAAGUCGCUCCGCCAUGACCCUCCCCUGCACCCUCUCCGCGGCUUUUCGCAAUCUCUCGUUAGCGAUCCCCAAACGCUCGUUUUCUACGACACCGGCCACGCAGAAGAUCAAAAAAUUACCGGAUUAUAUUCCUCCUUAUCCUUAUGGACCCAACUACAUUUUCAAACAAUCGAAUACCGGUCUGUACGGUGGUGCCAUGAUCCAGUUUGGAAACAAGAUCUCAAAGGGUCGGAACGAGGGUAAAACUCGGCGGUCCUGGAAGCCAAACGUUAGACGGAAGAAGCUCUGGAGCGAAGCUCUCGGAGAAUUUCUCUUUAUCAAAGUCACGCGUAAGGCUUUGCGAACAAUCUGGAAAUCUGGCGGUCUCGACAACUACCUUUUGGAUGAUCGGCCCGGCCGCAUCAAGGAGCUCGGCAUGUUCGGCUGGGAGUUGAGAUGGAAAGUGAUGCAGACACCAAAGAUCCAGGAGCAGUUCAGGGAAGAGAGGAAACGUCUAGGUCUUCCCGAACCACCCUCGUUCGAGGAGUGGGUGCAGCAAAAAGAGGCGGAGAUCAAAGCCAAGGUGGAGGAGGAGACCAAUAUUAAAGAGGCUACGAAACCAAUAUACAACGAGAAAUUGUACUAG